AUGACCCUGCACAAGGUCAUGGCGGCCACGCGGGCAUCAUCGGAUGCCCUGUUCAGCUUGUCAAAUCUGGACCUCGUCCGCAACCUCGUGUUCAUCGUCUUCCUGCUCCGGUUGAGCCGCAGAUCCUUUUAUACCAUUCGCGGCCAGGGCUUCAUCGGCACCAUCUGCAACAUCUACCACAAAGCCCACCUGACGCUCUACUCGCUCUUCUUGCGCGCCCCCGGCGUCCGCGGCCAGGUUGACAAGCAGGUCUCCACCGCCAUCUCCAAGCUAGAGUCAAAACUCGCCCCCCAAGGUCCCGGCAUCGUCAAGUACAACAAGCUUCCGGCGCAGGGAUGGUCCGCCGAGCAGGUCCACGCCGAGCUGGAUAGGUUGGCCGGCAUGGAGCACACCAUGUGGGAGGAAGGUCGCGUCAGCGGCGCUGUCUACCAUGGUGGUGAAGACCUGUUGAAGCUCCAGACAGCUGCCUGGGGACAAUUUGCCGUCGCGAACCCAAUCCAUCCCGACGUUUUCCCGGGCGUGAGGAAGAUGGAGGCUGAAGUUGUCGCGAUGGUUCUUGAAUUGUUCAAUGCCCCUGAAGGCGGUGCUGGUGUGACCACAAGCGGUGGAACAGAGUCCAUCCUUAUGGCCUGCUUGUCAGCUCGCCAAAAGGCGUAUACCGAGCGUGGUGUCACUGAUCCAGAAAUGAUCGUUCCGAUCACUGCCCAUGCGGCGUUCAAUAAAGCGGCGCAGUACUUUGGCAUCAAGCUUCAUUCCGUGCCCUGCCCUGCUCCCAACUAUACAGUGCAUAUCCCAUCUGUUCGCCGUUUGAUCAAUCCCAACACUAUCCUCUUGGUCGGAUCCGCGCCCAACUUCCCUCACGGAAUCGUCGACGACAUCCCUGCAUUGUCCCGCCUCGCAGUCUCGUACAAGCUCCCUUUGCAUGUUGAUUGUUGCCUUGGAUCGUUCGUUAUUGCAUUCUUGAAAAAAUCCGGCUUCCCUUCACCGUAUGAAGAACAGGGAGGUUUUGACUUCCGUCUUCCAGGCGUCACAAGCAUUAGCGUUGACACUCACAAGUAUGGCUUCGCUCCAAAGGGGAACUCCGUGGUCUUGUAUCGCGAUCGUGUUCUGCGAAGCUACCAAUAUUUCAUCCUCCCAGAGUGGUCUGGUGGUGUUUACGCCUCCCCUUCGAUUGCUGGUUCCCGCCCCGGAGCCUUGAUCGCCGGCUGCUGGAGUAGUUUGAUGGCCAUUGGUGAAUCGGGCUACAAGGACAGCUGCCACCAAAUUGUCAGCGCGGCGAAGAAAUUUGAAACGUCCAUUCGUGAGGACCCCGUCCUUUCUCGCGAUCUUAAAGUAAUUGGUGAGCCGAUGGUGAGCGUCGUCGCCUUUGCAACCACCACCGCGGAGAUCGAUAUCUACGAUAUUGCUGAUGCAAUGUCAGCCAAGGGGUGGCAUCUCAAUGCUCUCCAAAACCCUGCUGCCAUGCAUGUCGCCUUCACCGUUCCAACAGCGAAUGCCGUCGAUCAGCUCACCGCUGAUCUGACCGAAGUUGUCGAGAUUAAACGUGCGAAGGCCGAUGAGCGCAAGCGCUUGGGACAGAAGGUGGAGAAGGAGCGUGGUGAUACCUCUGCCCUCUACGGUGUUGCGGGUAGCAUCCCGGACAAAAGUAUUGUCAGCCGUCUCGCUGAAGGGUUCCUUGAUACGCUGUAUCUCUCAUAGUUGGACGAAUUGUAUUGUUUGUUCUAGGGGAAUCAAGGUCAGUGGCGUUAAAAAGGGCGAAGAUAAUUGGGAAUUGUGUUAGAAGGGUUGGCCGGAUGCAUGGAUGCAUGGUCACAGGCGUUGUUUAC